AUGAAUAAACUAAAGAUAGCAUUAUUCUCAUUGCAACCCAAAAAAACCAUUAUUUCUAUUUGUGAACAUAUAGGUUUGUUUAAAAAUUCUGCCCUUCAAGUAGAUUUGGUGAAAGAUAUCCUAAACUGUGAAAUUUUAAAGAAAUACCCACUUUCUUUAAUAUAUCAAAAAAGUAUAAUAUGUGAAAUAAUAAAGAGUAUUGAAAGUGAUGGUGGCGAAGUUUCCGAUGAAUUGUAUAUUUAUUUGUCUCAAUUAAUGGGUUCGAUUCAAUAUAAUCUGCCUUCUCAUAUUGUAUUAACACUCCCCAAUAAUCUAUCUAUUAUUGACCAGCACAACUCAAAUUUAGGCAAUUUUAGAAAUUUUGUAUUUGGUUUUAAAGAGUGUAAUUUGGUUGGAAUGAGGCCUUGGUCUGCUGCAUAUCGUCUCGUUGAAUGGUUAGUUCAUUCUUCAAAACUUGAAAGGAACGUUGCUAAUUCCGACAUCAUUGAACUUGGUAGUGGAAUUGGCAUUUCUAGUAUUAUACCAUUUUCGGUUUUGCCGAUAAAAAGUGUAUAUUCUACUGAUUACGAUCCAACAAUUAUUAGCAACCUAAAGUAUAACUUUGAGAUUAAUGGUAUUUCACUAAACUCAGAAUCGGAAGAAUCAACCCAAUCUUCUUCUACUAAAAGAUGCGCAAGGGUAAUGUGUCUUGACUGGGAAACUACUAAUAUAAAUAUUGCAAAGAAAAUAAUUAAGCCCCUAAUGAACCCUAUCAUUAUUUCAUCCGACGUGAUUUAUGACAAUGAAUUGACUUUUUUAUUUGUUAAAACUCUUCAGUUUUUGCUGUCAUCUUCUUACGAAAAAAAAUUUGGUUUUUAUCCCAAAAAAUUUGUUUCUAAAGACUCUAGUAAUAAAUCAGUUAAGUGGAAUGAGCUUCAAGAAGCUGAUUUUAACUCAAUUUCAGCAUAUGCUAUCUCUGUGAAUACAAUAAGAAAUGAACAGACUAUUCAAUACUUUGUUGAUCGUUGUAUUGAGAGUGGUUUAACAAUCUCGCGUGAUUACACUGCCAUUCCAUCGUUAUUUAAUAUUGAACUAGAUAUAUCAACAAUUAUCUUCAUUAUUAGUUAUUAA